CAGUCCCCCGCGUCCCGCCCGCCUCUUUUGACUCGCUCCUGCGCCUGAGGCGGCGCCGCGGACCGGGAUCCGGGAGGGGUGGCGGCGUGGCGUGCAGCGGACCCCGGGGCUGGCGGGUCCCGAGCGGCCGAAGCGACCCCAGGGCCAGCUCUGCCUGGUCCGGAGCCAAGGCCGGCGGCCGCGGUGGAGGGCGGGGGCGAACUCUCCUCUGGGAGGCGGCCGCGGGCCUUGGGGCGCGCGUGGGAAACACUAGCGGAGGCUGGGGAGGAACAGAGGCUGGAGCCCAGGGACCCGGAGGGGAGCGGCGAGUGCGUGGCGCGCGGGUCCCCGAAGCCUGCGCGCUCAGUGCCGAGCCGGACGCCAACAGGGCUCCCGCGCGCGCUCGGGCCGACUUCCAGACGCCCCUUCGGGAAGGGUCGGAGCCAGCCCUGGACGCCGGGCCGGGGGCGAUGGUGGGGGAGCUGGCCGGGGCUCCGUGCCGGGCUCCCACCCGCCGGCGCGCAGCCGCCGCUGUGCCGGGCGCUCCCCGCCAGGGGGCGGCGCGGCGCGGGGCGAGCGGGCGGCGGGGUCGCUAGGGGAGCCGGCUCCAGGCACCCGCCGCACCUGGGCGCGGCGUCGCCCCCCGCGCCUGCUGGAGUUCGGGGUCCACCGGGGCCGCACGGCCCGCACCUCGCCUCCCCACGUCUGCUAUGCUGCCCUUUGGAGACAGAACGAGAGAGAUGGUCAACGCCUGGUUCGCGGAGCGCGUGCACACCAUCCCUGCCUGCAAGGAGGACGCCCGAGGCCGCUCUGAGUCCUGCCCGUGCCCCACGCAGCCCUCGGGCGCCCGCCCGGACGGCAGCGCCCCGGCCGCACCGGCCAGGAAAAUCUCCGCCUCCGAGUUCGACCGGCCCCUGCGGCCCAUCGUGGUCAAGGACUCCGAGGGGACUGUGCGCUUCCUCCCGGACUCGGACCAGAAGGAGCAGAUGCCGCUGACCGCCCCGCGGCUCGACAAGGACGACGACGGGGACCAGUGCUCGAGGCUCCUGGAGCUGGUGAAGGACAUCUCCAGCCACCUGGAUGUCACCGCCCUGUGCCACAAGAUCUUCCUGCACAUCCACCAGCUCAUCUCCGCCGACCGCUACUCCCUGUUCCUGGUCUGCGAGGACAGCUCCAACGACAAGUUCCUGGUCAGCCGCCUCUUCGACGUGGCCGAAGGCUCCACCCUGGAGCAGGCGUCCAGCAGCUGCAUCCGCCUGCAGUGGAACACGGGCAUCGUGGGCCACGUGGCGGCGCGCGGGGAGCCCCUGAACAUCAAGGACGCCUAUGAGGACCCUCGAUUCAAUGCAGAAGUGGACCGCAUUACCGGCUACAGGACACAGAGUGUCCUCUGCAUGCCAAUUAAGAACCACAGGGAAGAGGUUGUCGGCGUGGCCCAGGCCAUCAACAAGAAGUCGGGAAAUGGCGGGACCUUCACGGAAAAGGACGAGAAGGACUUCGCUGCCUACCUGGCCUUCUGUGGGAUCGUGCUGCACAACGCCCAGCUCUACGAGACGUCACUGCUGGAGAACAAGAGAAACCAGGUGCUGCUCGACCUCGCCAGCCUGAUCUUCGAGGAGCAGCAGUCGCUGGAGGUGAUCCUGAAGAAGAUCGCCGCCACCAUCAUCUCCUUCAUGCAGGUGCAGAAGUGCACCAUCUUCAUAGUGGACGAAGACUGCCCCGACUCCUUCUCCAGCGUGUUCCACAUGGAGUGCGAGGAGCUGGAGCGGUGCCCCGCCGCGGGAGCCAGGGAGCGGGCCGCGGGCCGGACGAACUACAUGUACGCCCGCUACGUGCAGAGCACCAUGGAGGUCCUCAACGUCGCCGACGUCGCCCAGGACAGGCGCUUCCCCUGGACGAACGAAAACGCAGGGGACAUCAGCCAGCAGGGCAUCAGAAGUCUGCUUUGUACGCCCAUAAAAAACGGAAAGAAGAACAAAGUGAUAGGCGUGUGCCAACUGGCCAACAAGAUGGAGGAGGGCACGGGCCAGGUCAAGCCUUUCAACCGCAACGACGAGCAGUUCCUGGAGGCGUUCGUGAUCUUCUGCGGCCUGGGCAUCCGGAACACGCAGAUGUACGAGGCCGUGGAGAGGGCCAUGGCCAAGCAGAUGGUCACGCUGGAGGUCCUGUCCUACCACGCCUCGGCGGCCGAGGAGGAGACCCGGGAGCUGCAGUCCCUGGCGGCCGCCGUGGUGCCCUCCGCCCGGACCCUGAGGAUCACCGACUUCGGCUUCAGCGACUUCGAGCUGUCCGACCUGGAGACGGCGCUGUGCACCAUCCGCAUGUUCACCGACCUCGGCCUGGUGCAGAGCUUCCAGAUGAAGCACGAGGUCCUCUGCAGGUGGAUUCUAAGCGUCAAGAAGAACUACCGGAAGAAUGUCGCCUACCACAACUGGAGACACGCCUUCAACACGGCGCAGUGCAUGUUCGCCGCCCUGACGGCGGGCAGAAUCCAGAGCAAGCUGUCGGACCUGGAGGUGCUCGCCCUGCUGAUCGCCGCGCUCAGCCACGACCUGGACCACCGCGGCGUGAACAACGCCUACAUCCAGCGGAGCGAGCACCCGCUGGCCCAGCUGUACUGCCACUCGACCCUGGAGCACCACCACUUCGACCAGUGCCUGAUGGUCCUCAACAGCCCGGGCAACCAGAUCCUCAGCGGCCUGUCCAUCGAGGAGUACAAGACCGCGCUGAGAAUAAUCAAGCAGGCGAUCUUAGCCACGGACCUGGCGCUCUACAUCAAGCGGCGAGGAGAGUUUUUUGAACUUAUAAGAAAAAACCAGUUCAGUUUCGAAGACCCUCACCAAAAGGAGCUGUUUUUGGCGAUGCUGAUGACCGCCUGCGACCUCUCCGCCAUCACGAAGCCCUGGCCCAUCCAGCAGCGGAUAGCCGAGCUGGUGGCGGCCGAGUUCUUCGACCAAGGGGACAAGGAGAGGAGGGAGCUCCACAUCGAGCCUGACGACCUCAUGAACAGGGAGAAGAAGAACAAGAUCCCGAGCAUGCAAGUGGGCUUCAUCGACGCCAUCUGCCUGCAGCUGUACGAGGCCCUGACCCACGUGUCCCAGGACUGCUUCCCGCUGCUGGACGGCUGCAGGAAGAACCGGCAGAAGUGGCAGGCCCUGGCCGAGCAGCAGGAGAAGAACCGGGGGAACGGGGCCGGCGGCCGGGCCCCGCAGAGUUGACGCCCGCGGGCCGCGCGCCCUGCCCCGCCGGACGCUGCACGGCUGGGUAAAAAAAAAAAAAAAAGGCAGAACCACGUGUGUGGCCCUCACUGUGCGGUGAGCGCGGCCAGCCCCGGAAGUCACCGCCCGCGAAGGCUGCGUGGGAUUGUCACAGGCUCCGGUUUCCGGGGACGUCCUUGUUUCUGCUGCCUGUCACACAGAUGCGAUCUGUCAGGGCGCCUCCCGGUGGCACCGAGUGCCAGCUGCCGGCUGUCACUGGGAUUGCCAGGUGUGCGCACCUGCCGCGCUCCUGGGCCCCCUGGGAACAGAACACUGCGCGGGAGGAGCGGCAGCCGCUAAGCACUGCCCACGCGCCCUGCACGGAGACUCGCGCCGAGGCUGUGGGCAUCCGCUUCCGCGGCUGUUCCGACCUCCCCAGCACACGUCACUGCGGCUCCACACCACAGAGUGGACUCUGCCCUGGGAAUUCCUGCGUGUGUCUUGUUCACAAGCACAAAGAAACACUCAGAUGAGAGGGACAUCGUGUGGCUUGCCCUUAGGUUGCGGUUGACUUUUCUUCACUAGUUUAGAGAUGAGAAGCCAGGCGAGGCCACGCCUGGGCGUUUUAGCUCGUGCAGAAGGAGAGGAGUCCUUUAGGGCGGGUCAGCUGGUUCCCAUGAUGCUGACUUUUAGGAAAAUCGUUCCAGUACACGGAUUAUUAAUGUCUGGUGUGUGGGCACACAUCGGAGUUUCUGCUCUCACAUGGAUAUUUUCUGUCCAGUGUCUUUGUGAGUUGGAAACACACACACACACACACACACGGCAGGCCACAGUAGGCUGCAGCCAUCUGCACAGAAAACAAGGGUGACAAGUGACAGCGUAAGACUGAGCUCCGCCCCAGGCACUCGGCCCCGCGGGGCUGCCCGGGCCUCCCCCUCUGAAUGCCCCUCUCUGCCUAGGCCUGUGCCUCUGUUGUCCCAGUAGUCCGUUCUCGUUUUAACUGAGAAAUGCGAUGCCGUGUCCCUUCGAGUUGGAGCCCCCAUGGCCCCCACUCCUCACUGAGCUCCCCGUGGAGCCACCCGGCCCUCUGCUCUUCCGAGCGCCGCCGCGGCCCCCCGGGUCCUGUGUGGGCGGGCGCGGGUCACAGGCUCUGGGCGUCGGGACCAGCCCGAGGAGUCAGGUGUGGGUGAAGUUGCUGUGUUCACGGAGGGCGUCCCAGAAGGCCGCCCCUCCGUCAGCCCUGGCGGGCCCUGGACCCCGCCGUCAGGACGGGACCUCAGCCCACGUGUCACCUCUCACACGGAGUGUCCGGGGCUGAGAAAGCAGAGCCAGCACCUUCGCGCGGCCUCUCCCGCACCCACGCCGCCGUGAGUGCGGGAGGCAGAGGCCCGUGGGCCAUGGCCCCGGAGAAAAGCCCUGCAGACCACAAGCUCCCUGCGGCGAGCCCCCCGCUCUGAAGACGGCCCUUCCUUCGCCGUGACGGCCGCAGGAGGGGCAGGAAAGGGGACCGGAACGCGGGGCUCCGGGGGAAGCUGGCGCGGGCAGACCCCUGCCUCACAGCGGGCACCUCUGGGUCCAGCACAGAGCGUGGACUGCAGGCCACCCCAGGCUGACCGAGGGUUUCCCCGUGUCUCUCCCCGACUGUCGUCCCCUGGCCCGGUACGGCCGUCAUGAGCAGCGCUGCUUUGCUUUCACAGAAUCAGUUUCCCAUGGGGGGGGGGAGGACUGUGCUCGCCACGCUGUCCUGUGACGGCUGCAGGCCAGCAGGGCGCUGGACUCAGUGCUCUCUGGACGCCCGCCGGUCCACUUCCAGGGGUGCCCCCUGGUGCGGGGCGGCCGGCUCAGCUGCAGAGAUGGGCGCCGCCCUGGGCGCACAGUCUCUGCCCGCGGCCCCGCACCGGGCCGGCCGCCUUGCCGUGGAAGCCGAGGGAACGAUACGUCACUCUGCUUUCGUCGGUGGCGGUUUCCCAGGGACCCCUGUCCCUGGAACUCAGUGAGACUCCGGUAGUGACCACCCUGUCCCCUCGCCAGUGGAGCGCGCAGAGCCUGCGGACACCCGCGGUGGGGAGUCACCUGUGGCACGGUCUCGGGGCCCGAGGACGGGGGGGUUGAAUCUCACUCCGCCCACCCAUGU